GGAGGAGAGGGAGAGAGAGAGGAGGAAAGAAAGAAAGAGGAAGAGAAAGAAGCAGCUGUUUCUAUCCAAUUUGCAGAGGGAAGGAGGGAGAGAGAGAGAGAGAGAGAUUUGGGACAAAUAUGCGACCAACAACAACCAUCUGAGUCACCGACAGCAUCCCAGUGGUUGCGUGGGAGGGAGGAGGGAGGGAGGGAGGAGGAGAGGGAGAGGGAGAGGGGUUGUCCCCCAAAUUAUGGGAAGCGUCGGGUUGGGCGCGCGGCUCUUUCUGUGAGGGGUUCGGUGGGAGUUCCUCUAACCAUGCGUCCGUCGCGCGCGGCAUGGAAUGCAGCCUGAGCCGGUGCCACUCACAAGCCGUCGCCACAGCUUCGCUCCGAAAGAAACUCCUGCUCCUCUUCACCAUGUUGCUCCUUUGGGGUUACAUCCUGUACUCCUGCGCCGGCUUUUGCGUCUCCCUGCCCGGCCCGGUGCACGGGUCAGCCCGGCAGAGAGCCGCCGCCGCCGCCGCCGCCGCCAGCGCCAGCGCCGCCGCCUACAAGGUCGCCUCCGACCCCGACCCGUUCGUCUCAGCCCCGGCUCUGAGACCCAGACUUGUGCCCCGGGUCCCGGCAGGUGAGGUGGAGGACGAGGUGGGGAGGGGGAGGGGGCGGGAGGCGGUGUCGUUGGAUUCCGCGGCUCUCGGGUCCAGAUCGGCUUCCAGAGACUUGUUGCACAACAACAACGCGGGGGGUUUCACGGAGGGCAGCCCGACCCCCCCCGGCGGGCACUCGCCCCGACCCCCGGAGCUGAACUACAGCAGCUUUGGGACCAAGAAGCUGCCCCAAGCCAUCAUCAUCGGGGUGAAGAAGGGGGGGACCCGAGCUCUGCUGGAGUUCCUCCGCGUCCAUCCCGACAUCAGGGCGGUGGGGGCAGAGCCGCACUUUUUCGACAGACAUUUCGACAAAGGCAUUGAGUGGUACAAAGACUUGAUGCCGAAAACUCUGGAUGGACAAGUCACCAUGGAGAAAACGCCCAGUUACUACGUGACCAAGGAGACGCCUCCUCGUAUCCACGCAAUGUCCAAGGACGCCAAGCUGAUUGUGGUGGUCCGUGACCCUGUGACUCGUGCUAUCUCCGAUUACACUCAGACUCUCUCCAAAAAGCCCGAUAUCCCCAGCUUUGAGAGCUUGACCUUCAAAAACAGGACUACAGGCCUGAUUGACACCUCGUGGAGCGCCAUCCAGAUUGGCAUCUAUGCCAAGCACCUGGAGAAUUGGCUGCAGUACUUCCCCAUGCGGCAGAUCUUGUUUGUGAGCGGGGAGAGGCUCAUCAGCGACCCAGCCGGAGAGCUGGGCAAGGUGCAGGACUUCCUGGGGCUGAAGAGAAUCAUCACAGACAAACAUUUCUACUUUAAUCAGACCAAGGGCUUCCCCUGCUUGAAGAAGCCAGAGGGCAGCAGCAAACCCCACUGCCUGGGCAAAACAAAAGGCAGAACCCAUCCCAACAUUGACCCCGAGGUGGUUCAGAGGCUCAGAGACUUUUACCGGCCUUUCAACAUGAAAUUUUACCAAAUGACGGGUCAGAACUUUGGCUGGGACUAAGGUGAAUGGAACCUCAUGUAAUUACUAUAAAGACAUGUGAAUUUAUUGCGCUAUAUAUAUUAUAUAUAUGUAACUUGUACAGAAAUCUAUUUUAUAAUAAUUUAUUUUUAAUUCUUAAGCAAUUAAUUCACUAAGCUGCCUAACCACAUUGUACACUGUAUAUAGAUCAGCCGUGAAAUUGUCUUCUAACAUUCCUCAAUGAUUAGUUAUAUUUGCUCAUUGAUGAUGCUGUCACACAUCCUAUUAAGAAUUAAUAUCCAAAAGCACAAUUUUUUUUGUUACGGGUAUUCAGCGUUUGUUGGGUGUGUAAGCGGGGCCUUUGGUCUUUUCGCCUGGCUGUGUGGGUUUGAAACAAAAUAAUACGGUCCAAAAUUCACACCAGGAAUGUGCAAGCUCAAUCACUCAGUCAAAACACAAAUUGCACAUCUCUGUUAAGGAUAGAACCAACCGUCUGAAUCUCCACAACAUUGGGGGGGAAAAAAAAUCCACCCACUUGCUGGCUUUUUUAAACCAAUAGUCAGGAGGUCCCAGACUGGUAAGGGGAUUAGAAUCCUGGUCCAGUGCCUGAAACCUCCCUUGGAUUCUCUGCGCCAUUCAAGAUCACAAAGAUGGAAGUUCUAUUUGUAGCUGAACUGCAUUGAUAAGCUGAUGCUCUUUGGUUUUGUUGAACUCACUGAGAAAUACAGAACUGCACUUGGUAUUGGAUACAUGCAUUGAUAAUCUCUCCUCGCCCACUCUAAUGUAAUUGUACAUUCCCAUCAUGGGUGACGAUCAGUUCGAUCUGUGACUCCUCUCAGCCCUUGAAUCCCCACAUCUCUGCAGCAAGGUGCUUUCAGUCACCAAUGGGGGGCAAGACUACCUAGAAAGCGCCUUCACUGUUGAGCUGUCCACCCUGUCAUUGACUGCUUCUGGACAUUGCAGUGCUGUUUCAGUCCAGGGAGAGGCUUUAUUCCUUUAGAGCAUAGCUACAUACAGUCAACACACCUCACAGUAAAUCCUGUAAAGUGCUUUGAGAUGCUCCCAUGACAUGUUAAAACGUUAUAUCAAAUGCAAAGAUUAUUAUUGCUCAAUCCUUGCCAAGUGGUCAUUCUGUUAUUGCUGUAGACUGUGCCCAACACAUGAACCAUGCUAAUCCCAACCCCACGGUCCUGUUGCGUUAGUUCAAAUCACUGCCCUGCUCAUCCAAAGGGCAGCUAAUUCAAUCCACCCUUUCAGUUGUCUCAGCUGUAAUGGCACCAAUCUAGUGAAGCUAGGUAGAUUUAUUGUUCACGAACGAAGCACAAUUUUUGUUAAAACUCUCUCACUGUGUAGCCUAUCUGCUUUAACGCGUGCGUUCAGGCAUUUCUUUCUUUGAAGAAAGCAGAACGCCGUGUGGUCAACAACCUUGCAAAUGAAGUGUUAAAACUGACGUUCUCUGGAACAUGGCUGUCAAACAUCUGAUAAGCACAGUAGCAAAGUGCUUCCUUAGGCAGCUUUGCAAUGAAAUGCUUUACACAUUGUCUACCUGAGCAGUGGGGCUGCAUCACCAAUCCAUUGUCAUCCAAUGUAAAUUGUAAGUGACUGUUCUCAGAAUUAAUCACACAAAAUAAUAAAAUGAUAAUAAUAAUGUGGUCACUUCAAUCCACGACUGUUUGUGGGACGCUGCUGUGCGCAAUCGGCUGCCGGGUUUUGCCCACAAAAUUUAGUCAUUUCACUUUCCAGUACAUUCUGUGAAGCGCUUUGAGACGUCUCGAAGACGUGAUAAGACGCUAUAUCAAAUGCAAGGAUUAUUAUUAUUUAUUAUCCAAAAAAUCCAUUUAUAUCUCAAAACCGUGGUUAGCUAACAAUCUGUGAUAACUGUGUAUGGCUGAGUUUAAUUCAGACUGCAUUCAAAAGUACUGAUAUUAGCAACUUUCAUCUGAUAAUAUUGUACUUUUAGAAUAGUUAACGUGUAAAAUAAAAAUGUAAAUCAAGUAUUUUGUGGUAUGUACAACAAAAAAUAAUUUUACAGAUAAAAAUGAAUCUUUCUAGGAAAUUGGAUAAAACUUCUUGCUGUUUCUUGUUAUGCAGAAAUGAAUAAAAUAUAUUUUACCAAA